AUGGAACAUCCGAACUUUAAUCCAGUACUGCCUGAUUCACCACAGCAGUCCCCUUCCCCACAGGAUUUCGAAAUCUGGCGAGGUUUUAAGGGUGCAGAGUUGGGCUCGAUGGUGUUACCAAGUGAGAGGAAUGAAGUGGUAAAAAUAGGUGUGAUGGUGAUUACGAUAGUGCUGGAAUUGUCAACGAGUUCUUGGAGGACCUUGAGGAUACCACAGGAUUAUCCGUCAAUUCAUCGUUCAUCUAUGUUUUUAACCCAGAAAUUGUCGCUUGAUUGA